AUGGUUCUUAUGGAGAGCUACUUUUUCUGUGCCUCCGUGCGACUUGGUGUCCUGUGCAUUUGCUGCUUUGCCACCAUGAAAAGCACUGUCAUUAUGUGGAUGAUAUUCACCGAUGGAACCUCGUUCCUCUUCUUGCUGACUAACAUCCUGGAAAAUCAUUAUAGGACUAGCAAGCUUAUAAGGGAAUGGGCUGACUGGGCGGAAAAGUAUCCCAAGGAGCUGAUGAUGUUUCUCCAACUCUACAGCUUUUGUCAUAUUAUAACUUGCUUUUUGGCGGCCUUUGGGGCAUACAAGCUCAAGAAGUACCACGUUAUACCGUUGGCUAUCUUCGAAUUUAUUUUCACUGUCCAAGUGGUUGUCCUAUCCAUUGUUUCCCUUCGGAUUGCCAGGCAUAUCGUACCCUUGGGCACCUUAAUCCUGCUAACCCUUGCUCUAACGUUCUACGCAAUGCUUGUCGCGUAUGAUACAUUGACAUUAAUUGCUUUCGUGCAAAUUAUGUUCCUGGUGCGGACUGAACGAUACCAACGACUCUAUGGUACCGACCCCUUGAACCCUAUACCUGGUGGAAUAUCUCACAAGCAACUAACAACGAGUUAUUUGACCUCACAACAACCAAUAAUUAUUUAUGUUAUGCCCAAGGCAGGACAAAAAUUGUGGGAUUUGCCGCAGUCGAAAUGGUGGCAGGACGAAGUAUCUGAUAGUCGAGUUCCACAAAAAGCACCUGACGAUAUCUCAUCUGACUAUUUCCAGCGGCAGGAGCUCUUAUCAAACGUCUUGCUACGCAAUGCGAUUAAUGAAGACUAUUUACACAAAGAAAAAGUUAAGAUCUAG